UCUGCUACCAAAUUCAUGGAGCACGCGCUCCAUGAAUUAUGAGUUUUGGUCGGUGGCAGAUGCAAAUUCUCAUCUUGUGCCUCCUACCACUUCCGAAGACACGGCUGUCAAUCUGUCUGUCUGUCAGUCAGUCACUCACAUCGAGGCAAACGUCCGAAGAUCGUAAAACUGGACGGUCUUUGAAUGUCACGAGCGCUGCAGCGAAUAAAUGUCGAGCACCGUGGCAUGCGCCUACUCCGAUGCAGAGGCUGCCUACCUCUGUCUCCGUGUGUUGACACUGCCUCCUUGUGCCCCAUCCGUCACCUUCUUACAUAAUUCACCACCUUUGUUUUCAGCAUGGUGCUUGUGAUUGGUUCAGUGACUUGAUCGUCGAUGGUUGUCUUCAUGAGCCCGAGCUUUUCGGAGUCCAUAACGUCAGACUCGCACUUCUCAGACAGAUCCAGCUUCUCGUGACCGGCCGUUUCUGUAUGUGCACGAUUUCCAUCCAGGGAGAACCGAGUGACGACAUGUCGAGAGAUGUGGACUUUGUGUCUCUUGUCUAAGCUCCUCUUGUGGAGACACGACCAGACGACAGGACGUGAUGUUCGACGUGACCGUGCUCAGACGAAUUUUGACAUCCUGGCCUUCAGCGUUCAGUGGGAUGAGAUAAAAAUGUGGGAGCUCGUGUUUCUUCUGCUCGUGAUCGUCCUAUACUUCUAGCCAUAGCACAAGCGCGCAUCAGUGUUUACAUGAGAGGACGUAGUUUCCCCAAGUUUGGAUUCGGAGAAAAUAUGAGGCGGUUUGGAUUCUGACAGUGGUGACUGGAUUCUAUCUAGGUGCUUCUAUGGCUCCAAAAAUUUUGGCGACGGAUUUGUGGAAAGGUUUGACAAAAGAAAAGAGCCUAAAACUUCAGCGAGAAUUGAUGCGACCUUGUCAAAUGAUAAGACCAACUGGCCGUCAACUUGAAGAAACAGGAGUCGGGCCGGAUUUCAGACACAGAUUCACCAUGCACUGCAUCCAGUAUUAUCAAAUAGUUUGGAGCUGGUCUCAGUCGUGGUUUAGCAUUUUCCUUGUAAACUUUCUGAGGGCGAAAAGUGGAGUCUGGACGCUAGCAAGGAAAGCAAUACAUCGAGAAGGUGAGGCGAUGGAAAGAGUGCGAGAGGUGGUGAGUCGCUUGCAUUCGUUAGCAACUCAAGUGUACCAUGGCCGAGGUGAGGUGAUGGAUAAAGUGAACCAGAUGUACAGGCUCAUGUGGUUGGUAGCAACGUCAGCCAUCCACUGGCGAACUGAGAUGGUGGGCAUGGUGAAACAGAAUGUAAUGUCACGUUUUACCAGUUUCUAUUAUCCUGAAGACGACGACGACAACAAUCUCGAGAAGCAGCCGUUCAGGAGAAGAUUCCCGGUGGAUCGUCUUUAUGAACUAAUCAAAUGCCAAUGCGCGAAAAUCCAGAAACGAACAGUUAAAAUUGUGAGCUGCAAGGUUGUAUGGUUCGUGGGUCUGCUUGCCGCUCAAGCUCUCGUGGUAUACUUCGUGCAUCAGUCGCGAAGCUCAUCACACGUAAGAGACUGUCGAAGAGCCCGUCAACUCCCUCAUCAUCACAUGCCAUCGGCGUGGUACUAUGAGCAUGUACAUUAUUAUCCGGUUCCACGGCUGAAGAUUUUGACAACAGAAGAUGGUGCACCUCCGAUCCAAAGCCAGAUCGCUAGCAGUCCACGAGAAAUUACCAUCGCCACACACACAACAAUGGACAGAUUCCCUGCAGUGGAAAUGACAGCAUUCCGUUGGAGUGGUCCCAUGGUUCUGGUGGUACUUGUCAGAGUUCUGUCCGAACUUGAAUCGACGUACGCCAAACUGGAAUUACUACACUCUCGAGUGGAGGCGGAAGGAAGAUGUAGGCUGCAAAUCCAAAUUGCUAUUGAAGAAGGUUUUAGAAAUGAUGGUCAAGCACUGCAAGCUCUGUACCCAAUAAACAGCAUGCGCAAUUUAGCGUUAGGCAUGGUCACUACUCAACUGGUGUUUCUGGUGGAUGCCGACUUCGUUCCAAAUCCUGGGCUGCAUGAACAUUUAACCCAACACGAAGAGAAGUUUAAUGAUCUGAUUAAGAAGACCGAGGAAUGGAACCAGUUGCUGGUGGUACCAGCGUUUCAGCUGAGUGAAGACAAGACUAUUGAGUAUCAGCACAGCCUCCAUGUACUGCCUCACACGAAGGAAGAGCUUCGAGAGGCCUGGUGGAAUGGCAUUGUUGACUGCUUUCAAUGUGAUGUCUCCCCGGAUUCUCAUCAGCCUACAGAGUAUUACAGAUUCACUGAUCCCGCGGUCUCCUGGCCGUAUCAAGUCUGGUACAAAGAGGGAUACGAGCCCUUCUACAUUGCUUCUAGGAAUCAUCUUCCCAAGUUCGACGAUCGUUUCAGAGGGCAUGGGAAGAACAAGAUUUCGCAUACCUACUUACUGUCAGUCAAGGAGUUUACAUUUUGGGUGAUACCAGAGGGAUUUCUUGUGGAGCUUCCUCAUCCUCCCUCACUUUCGGAGAAACGAAAAGUCCAGGAUCCACUGCAGACAUGGCGAAUUGAUGGAAUCUACAACCGUUCCAUGCGCGAAAUCAACUUGAUUUACAAUAUAACUACUCCUAAGAAAUCAGAGACGGAAAAGACGGGAGGACUUCCCUGCUGACUAGUGUCAUCGAAAGUGCUGCAGCCAGCUUCAAAGGUGAAGUCUAGUCGCUUUGUAAAGACAAUUAGAAUCCAUCAAUACCUAGUGACUGCAUAUGGAGUAUUGGGAGUGUAGAGCUCCAGCUAUGCCAGCUAUUUCAAGCAGCAUACGGAGCAUGAAAUUGUUAAGCACGGGUUGACCAGUCAGCACUUCCAUGCUUCUUUGAACAUGGAUAAGAGUUCAUGUGUAGAUAAGCUUUCCGCUGUUAGCUGAAGUGGGCUUAAGUGAUAUACAAUGAUUCAAUCAGGUCAGAAAAGUAAGCUGAGGUUUGUAUAGUAUCCUAGAAAUCUGAAAUUAUCAAGAUUCCAGUAGUACCCUCUGAUAAGUUGAUAUAUCUAUCGCGCAAUCAGUUGUUUGAUGCAAGACUCAGAUAUAAUGUCGUUAGCCUUGACGUUUAAGUCCAUGCUUUCAUCGUCAGAUGUCAAGAUGCAGAUGUUACCACAAAACAGUUGACAGAAUGAUUUCAUGACACCAUCAGGGUUCUGACAAAAAGAGCGUCCAAUCAGCUGAUUCAAGUACAACUGCUUUCCUCCUUUCAUAAUCAAUCGGCACAGGUGACCGUGGCUGUCUGACAUAGGUGCUACUGUAACCUACCAUGUCAAACUGUGCUGUAGAUCGCUCCCAUAUUCUUGAAAAAUGCUCUUCAUUUCUCAAACACGGGUACUCCAAAAUAUAAUUUCUACAUUGAAUGACAACAUUGAAUUCUAUCAUGACAACUAUCUCCCGACUUGCAUCCAGCGAGUGGGAAUG